ACGCCUACGUCGUAGUAGGAUUCGUAAUUUCGCCCAGCGAAGAUGGCGGCGUGUAGACGUGUGCAGCGAGUUCUGCUGUUGAUGUUCCUCUCCAGCUGGAUAUGUUGCGCUUAUGGAGGCAAAUCGCAGAACCCGGACAAAGACAAUGUUUUGGAUAAUGUUGAGAGAGGGAAAAAUCAGGCGGGAGAGGGAAAAGCAGCGGCGGCGGAUGCGGCCUCGGCGGCGAUCCGGCGCAGCGGUGCCUGGAAGCUAGCAGAGGAGGCGGCCUGUCGGGAGGACGUGAUCCGGAUCUGCCCCAAACACUCCUGGAACAACAACCUGGCUGUGCUGGAAUGCCUGCAGGACCGCAAAGAUGAGACGGAAAUCGCCGGAGACUGUAAUCAUUUGUUGUGGAAUUACAAGUUGAACUUGACAACAGAUCCGAAGUUUGAGACUGUCGCCAGCGAGGUGUGCAAGAGUACCAUCAGCGGGAUUAAGGAGUGCGCGGCGGAGGAGCGUGGGAAGGGUUACCUGGUGUCUUGUUUGGUGGAACACCGCAGUAAUAUCUCAGAAUACCAAUGUAGCCAGUACAUCACAAAGAUGACCAGCAUCAUCUACAGCGAUUACCGCCUUAUCUGCGGCUUCAUGGACAAGUGCAAGGACGACAUCAACACGCUGCACUGUGGGAGUGUCAACACAGGCGAGAAGGAUAUCCACUCUCAGGGCGAGGUGAUCGCAUGUCUGGAGAAAGGACUGGUGAGCGAAGCUGAAGAGCAGCCGGGUCCCUUCACCAUUAAAGAUGACUGUAAGAAAGCCAUCAUGCGCGUGGCUGAGCUCUCCUCCGAUGACUUCCACCUAGACCGUCACCUCUACUUCGCCUGCCGCGAAGACCGCGAACGCUUUUGCGAAAACACUCCAGCAGGAGAAGGAAAGGUCUAUAAGUGUCUUUUCAACCACAAGUUCGAGGAGAGCAUGUCAGAUAAAUGUAAGGACGCCCUUUCCACUCGCCAGAAGCUAAUAGCUCAGGACUAUAAGGUCAGCUACACGCUGGCUAAAGCUUGCAAACCAGACCUGCGCAAAUACCGUUGCAACAUGGAUGCGGCAAUGCCACGGGCCCGAGAGGCUAAACUCUCCUACCUCCUGCUGUGUCUGGAGUCAGCCGUACACAGAGGUCAAACGGUGAGCGGGGAGUGUCAGGGGGAGAUGUUGGACUACAGGCGGAUGCUGAUGGAAGAUUAUUCCCUCAGUCCUGAGAUCGUGCUACACUGCAGAGGCGAGAUCGAUAAUCACUGCUCCGGCCUCCACCACAAGGGUCGAACCCUCCACUGCCUCAUGAGAGUGUCCCGGGACAAGGGCAUCUUUGAAGGCCACUGCCAGAAAGCUCUCCAGACACUGAUACAGGAAACAGACCCCGGGGCAGACUAUCGCAUCGACCGCGCUCUGAACGAAGCCUGCGAGUCCGUCAUACAGACCGCCUGCAAACACAUCCGCAACGGAGAUCCCAUGAUCUUGUCGUGUCUCAUGGAACAUCUGUACACUGAUAAAAUGGUUGAAGCCUGUGAACAACGAUUACUGGAGCUACAGUACUUCAUCUCCAGAGACUGGAAGCUGGACCCCAUCCUGUACAAAAAAUGUCAGAACGACGCCGCUCGCAUUUGUCAUACUCACGGCUGGAACGAGACCAGCGAGUUCAUGCCACCCGGGGCCGUUUUCUCCUGUCUGUACCGCCACGCUUACCGCACAGAGAUGCAGGGCCGACGGUUAUCUCGGGACUGUAAAACGGAAGUUCAGCGGAUCCUCCACCAGAGGGCGGUGGAUGUUAAACUGGAUCCUGAACUGCAGCAGCGAUGCAUGACAGAUCUCGGAAAGUGGUGCAGUGAAAAAUCCGAGGCUGGACAGGAGUUGGAGUGUUUGCAGGAUCAUUUGGAAGAUCUCAUCCCUAACUGCCGUGAUGUGGUCGGAAACCUGACAGAACUGGAAUCUGAGGACAUUCAGAUUGAGGCUCUGUUGAUUCGAGCUUGUGAGCCCGUCAUUCAAUCUUACUGUCAUGAGGUGGCUGAUAAUCAGAUAGACACUGGGGAUCUGAUGGAUUGUCUGGUUGCCAAUAAGCACCAGAAGGAAAUGAAUGAGAAAUGUGCUGUCGGAGUCACGCACUUCCAGCUGAUCCAGAUGAAGGACUUCCGCUUCUCAUACAAGUUCAAGAUGGCGUGCAAGGAGGACGUGCUCAAACUGUGUCCCAACAUCAAAAAGAAGGUGGAUGUGGUGAUCUGUCUCAGCACCACAGUCAGGAACGACACGCUUCAGGAAGUUAAAGAGCAGCGAGUUUCCCUGAAAUGCCGCAAACAGCUCCGAGUGGAGGAACUGGAGAUGUCUGAAGACAUCCGUCUGGAGCCGGAUCUGUACGAGAGCUGUCGACAGGACAUCAAACAGCACUGUCAGAAUGUGGUGUUUGGAAACGCUCAGGUUAUCGAAUGUCUGAAGGAGAACAAGAAGUUGUUGCAUCCACACUGUCAUCAGAAGGUCUUCAAACUACAGGAAACCGAAAUGAUGGACCCAGAACUGGACUUUCAGCUCAUGAGGGUUUGCAAGCAGAUGAUCAGGCGUUUCUGCACCGAGACGGAUUCCAAGAGCAUUUUACAGUGUCUCAAACAAAACAAAAACAGCGAGCUUAUGGACCCUAAAUGCAAACAAAUGAUAACCAAAAGACAGAUCACCCAGAACACAGAUUAUCGUCUGAACCCUGUGCUCAGGAAGUCGUGCAAGGCUGACAUCCCCAAAUUUUGCCAGAGCAUUCUGAACAAGGCCACCGAUGACAAUGAGCUGGAGGGAGAGGUUAUCUCCUGUCUCAAACUUAAAUAUGCAGACCAGCGUCUUUCUCCAGACUGUGAGGAUCAGAUCCGUGUGAUCCUGCAGGAGUCUGCUCUGGACUACAGACUCGACCCACAGCUGCAGCUGCAGUGCUCUGAUGAGAUCCCACGGCUCUGUGCGGAGGAGGUGGCGGCGCAGGAGCAGACGGGUCAGGUCGAGGAGUGUCUGAAAUUUAACCUGCUGAAGAUCAAACACGAAGGCUGUAAAAAAGAGGUUCUGAACAUUCUGAAGGAGAGUAAAGCAGAUAUUUUUGUGGAUCCAGUUCUACACACAGCCUGCGCUCUGGACAUCAAACACCAGUGUGCCGCCAUCCCACCGGGCAGAGGAAGACAGAUGUCCUGUCUUAUGGAAGCUCUUCAGGACAAGCGUGUGAGACUACAGCCUGAGUGUAAGAAGAGAUUACAGGAUCGCAUCGACAUGUGGAGUUUUGCUGCCAAGGUAGCGCCUGCCGAAGGUUUUUCCGACCUAGCCGGUCAGGUCUUUUCGUCCCCCGCCAAGACGUACAUCCUAAGCAUGCUGGCGAUGUCUGUGGUCCUGCUCUUCCUCAUGGGUCUGCUGUGCGGUCGCAUUACCAAGCGCGUGACGCAGGAGUUGAAGGACAGAGAUCUUGGUCAGCCAUGGGUAGCACCCUUAAACAAGAACAGGAAAGGAUACAUUCCAAUUAACUAAAAAUAAACAUCUUUUAUUCUGGUAAAUCGGUGACGGUUUAAAUAACUUCUGUGCUGUCGAACGUAUCCUAGUUUUGAAAAUCGGAAGCAAUUUGGAUGCGAAACAUUUUUCUCAUUUACCCACGUGUACUUUUUUUAACAUCCACUGUUGUGUUUUCAUUGUUUUGUAGUAUUGAUACAAAUUACUUACACUUUGGUAUUUGUAGGUAUAACCAUAUCUCAAUCCAUAAGGUUUUACACAAAUAUUACCAUUUUUAACAAAUAUUAAUUGGUUUGGGUUAAAACUGCACUGUUUAGCUUCUGAAGAUCCCAUUUUGGUUGAUACAUACAGUAUAGUUGGUUGAUUACUAAGACAAAACUCGCAUAACAAAUUUAAGGAUUUGAGUUAAGAAAAUGAAUAAAAAAUAAUUUGUAAAAAAAAUAUAGACAUGUUCAAAAAAUACUUUUGCAUGUGGUGGCAAAAAUGAAAUUUGGGAUAAAUAUGCGUAAUUGUCAAAAGACAUCGUAAAGGCUUCGUUGCCUCGAUGUCUUCCUCACAUAAAUGUUGUAUUCAUGCAAGCGCACAACCUAGAAGUAGUUUGUGUCAAUGCCGUAUCAUGAUGCAGUUUAAGUUUGUAGCUGUGAUGUUGACUGGAUGAAACUGGGCAACUAUUUGGUCAACUCUUCAUUGUUUUGUUUUACUAACACUGGACAAAACUUCCAUGUGUGUAUCGGUCAUCUGCACACCGCCCAUUCACAACCACUGCUUCCUGUUUGUCAAAUCAACCUGAUAUAUGACAUAAAUGAUGGUGAUGAAUUGUUUUUGUAUUUUCUUUCAGUGUACAAAUUUAUGAUGAAAAGUCCAGACAUAACAAUUUUGUCUUUCUUUUUAUGAUCUGUAAUUUGAUUUGGACUGGUGUUAAUAAAAUUGAUCUGAUGGUUUGUA